AUGACUAAAAAGUUUAACAAAUUCUUAUGGAAUGGUAAGGAGGGCAAUUCAGCAAAAGCCAAAGUAGCUUGGGGGAAUGUUUGUUAUCCUAAGAGGGAGGGAGGAUUGGGGUUGAAAUGCUUAGAAGAAUGGAACCAGACAUCUAUGCUAAGGCAUAUAUGGAAUUUGUUUGCUUGCUCGGGGAGUUGGAGGAAGCUUUUGAGUUUGAGAAGCACUGAUAGGGAGUUUAUUAAGUUUGAGGUGGGAGAUGGAAAGCUUAUUCAUUUGUGGCUGGACAAUUGGCAUCCUUUUGGGCCACUUUAUGAGAGAUAUGGGUUUAGAAUUAUCUAUGACUCACAUAGUACUCUGGAGGCAAAGAUGAAUUCUGUUAUUCGAAAUGGGAGAUGGAGUUGGAAACUGGCUAGAUCAGAAGAAUUUGUUGAAAUUCAAAGUAAACUCCCGGAUGUGCCAUUAGGUAAUGUGGAUAAACCUAUUUGGACCUUAUCUCGGAAAUGGGUUUAUGUGAGUGCUGAUACUUGGGAAUUUAUGAGGAAUAGGAAAUCGGAAAUUAAUUGGUUGUCUGCUGUAUGGUUUCCCUGA